ACACUUUCUCUGAAAAUAUCUCAGAUUCCACAGUGUCCUAAACGAUUCAACAACCUCUCUCUCCUCUCUCUGGAUUCAUAUCUUCACGUUCUUGCUCAGUCAUCUCUCUCUAAAUCCUACAGCGAGGAACAUUCAGUUUAAUUUCGAUAAAUCAUCAGCUCCAAUGGGGUUUCAGAUGGAAUCCCUAACCCUAAUUUUCUCUCUCCCACCUAUCCUUAUCUUCUUCACAACAUUUCUCAUCAUGUACCUCAUGGCCUACUUCAUCGUGUUCCGAAACUGGAACCCUAAGCUCCGACCCGAAGCGUCAAGCUGCUUAAUCUCCUUAGCCCAUGGCACACCAGCUGUGAUCUUAGCCUCUCACGCCAUUCUCUCCGAUCCACAUCGCAAUUUCGCUUCAAUCAACACAAACUACCAAAACGUAGUUCUUGAUUAUAGCAUUGCCUACUUUUUGAUGGACCUUUGUCACUAUCUCAUCUUCUAUCCCAGCGAUUUGCUAUUCAUAGGCCACCAUUUGGCCACACUCUUCGUCUUCGUGACGUGCCGGUACGUAGCUCAUCACGGGGCGUAUGCAAUUCUUGUGCUUCUUGUUCUUGCGGAGGUCACCAGCUUUUGCCAGAACACUUGGACUUUCGCCAGUAUCCGGAGAGAGGAUUUAGCAAUUGCAGCCAAAGUGUAUGAUUUUUUGUCCCCUCCAUUUUAUACUCUUUACUCUGUUGUUAGAGGUUUUGCUGGACCCGUUUUCCUGUAUCAAAUGGGUGUGUUUUAUAUGAGUGGUGCCGUGGAGGAUGUGAUUCCGAGGUGGGUUUGGGUUUCUUGGAUUGUUGUAGUUUUAAUGGCUAUUUCAGUUAGUAUAUUGUGGAUUUCGAAUCUUUGGGUUGAGUUGUAUAGAGAAAGAACUGGCAAAAAUGAGAAGAAAACUAGAUAGAAGUAAUGUCUUUUUGUAUUCAUUUAUUGUAUGUUCAUUGGAUGAAUUAAUUCAAUCAUGAACAUCUUUUUUACUUGCAUUAUAGCUGUGGAGGUUUUGAAUUUGAUAGCGGAUAGUGUUUGUAUUCAGCAAUUGUAGCCAAAAUGUACGACAUUUUGUCACCUCCAUUUUAUACUCUUUACUCUGUUGUUAGAGAUUUUGCUGGACA